UGAAAGAUUUUUUUGUUGAUUUUUGUAAGAAAACAGUAUAAUAUACCCCUGUGUAGUAGUAGUAAUUAACGUUUUGUAGGUAGGCUUUUUAGAAAACGAAAUUUGAUUAUAUUCUUGCAAUUCAUGGUUUAUAUCUUCAGAAUACAUGUAUUAUCAAAUUUAUUUCUCUUAUUAUCUUUUGUUUGGGUUAGUAUUCAUAGGUGGUUUUCCCUAAGCAAACAACAAUCUAGUGAAGUAGCUUGAAAAGUCUGUUGUGUGACAGGGAAACCUGUCAGUAAUUAAGAAUCUUCUAAAUAGAAAAAUGUACAUAGAAGUAGUAGAGAAUUAAUUGCAUUUAUUUAUUUCUGACUCUGUGGAAAAACUUAAAAAAUUUUUUCUUUGAUUUUCUUGUAUGACAAAUCACUUUAAAGAAAUACCUUUAAAAUACUUAUUUCCAAUUAAAUUAUGAAGUGUGGUGGAAUUUUGUAAAGUUUUAUCCUUUGAGAGAAACCAUAGUUCUGAACUGUUCAUGAUAUUUGAAAUAUUAAAAUUUGCUUCCUUAAAGUCAAAUGUUUCGGGUUGCUCUGGGAACUCUCCAUUGACUUAAGAAGAUAAACAUGUUCCUCUCAUAAUGGCAAAUUUCUGCAAACCGCUAUCUCAAGACUUUUUUUUUUAAAUUAAGAUUUGUAAAAGAAAAGCAAAUUUAUAGGUUAAAGGUGUUCUUCAAACCUAGAACUUUUUUUAAUACAAAAUUCCUGAAGUUUUAGAUCCUUUCUCAUUGAGAAUUUAUUUUUACAGAAAAGGAGUUUUUUAAAGGUCUUAUUUUUAAUCAUUUAAAAUUAUUGUAAAAAGUUGUUUUUGAAUAAUUUCUUAUUCUAAUUUGGAUCUGAAAUAGAAUGAAUACCAUUUUUUUGAAUUUCCAAGGCCAUUCCACAUUUGGUUUCACAUUUAGUGAAUUUAGUCAUAAUAUUCCCAAACCCAGUAGGAUACAGUUUCUAUGGUUACCAGACCCUUUGUAGAAUGACAAAGAUUGGAAUUCUGAUUCUCAUGAGUCAAAUUUUGGCCUUUGACUCUGUUCCCUUUUCAUACCCCUUGCUAAGCUUGGGCUGUUGCUUGAAGGCUUGUCAGCUACCAGGUUCCUAUGGUAACAGGAAUGGAAAUUUGAAAGAAGAAAGAGAAUGGGAGCACAAAGGCUUGGUUGAUUUGAAUUUGAACAAAGAAUAGAAGCCAUUCCACCCAAUGGUGAAUCUGGAUUGUUCUCGGGAUUUUCGGCCAUUUCUUUGUGCACUCUAUGCUCCUAUUUGUAUGGAAUAUGGACGUGUCACACUUCCCUGUCGUAGGCUGUGUCAACGGGCUUACAGUGAGUGUUCGGAGCUCAUGGAGAUGUUUGGUGUUCCUUGGCCUGAAGAUAUGGAAUGCAGUAGGUUCCCAGAUUGUGAUGAGCCAUAUCCUCGACUUGUGGAUCUGAAUUUAGCUGGUGAUCCUACUGAAGGAGCUCCAGUGGCAGUGCAGAGGGACUAUGGUUUUUGGUGUCCUCGAGAAUUGAAAAUUGAUCCUGAUCUUGGUUAUUCUUUUUUACACGUGCGUGAUUGUUCACCUCCUUGUCCAAAUAUGUACUUUAGGAGAGAAGAACUUUCGUUUGCUCGAUACUUCAUAGGAUUGAUUUCAAUCAUUUGCCUCUCUGCCACGUUGUUUACUUUUUUAACUUUUUUGAUUGAUGUCACAAGAUUCCGUUAUCCUGAAAGACCUAUUAUAUUUUAUGCAGUCUGCUACAUGAUGGUAUCAUUAAUUUUCUUCAUUGGGUUUUUGCUUGAGGACCGAGUAGCCUGCAAUGCAUCUAGCCCUUCACAGUAUAAGGCUUCCACAGUGACACAAGGAUCUCAUAAUAAAGCCUGUACCAUGCUUUUUAUGGUACUCUAUUUUUUUACUAUGGCUGGCAGUGUUUGGUGGGUAAUUCUUACCAUCACAUGGUUCUUGGCAGCUGUGCCAAAGUGGGGUAGUGAAGCUAUUGAGAAGAAAGCAUUGCUAUUUCAUGCCAGUGCAUGGGGCAUCCCCGGAACUCUAACUAUCAUCCUUUUAGCGAUGAAUAAAAUUGAAGGUGACAAUAUCAGUGGCGUGUGUUUUGUUGGCCUCUACGAUGUUGAUGCAUUGAGAUAUUUUGUUCUUGCUCCCCUCUGCCUGUAUGUGGUAGUCGGAGUUUCUCUCCUCUUAGCUGGCAUUAUAUCCUUAAACAGAGUUCGAAUUGAAAUUCCAUUAGAAAAGGAGAACCAAGAUAAAUUGGUGAAGUUUAUGAUCCGGAUUGGUGUUUUCAGCAUUCUCUAUCUCGUACCACUCUUGGUUGUAAUUGGAUGCUACUUUUAUGAGCAAGCUUACCGUGGCAUCUGGGAAACAACAUGGAUACAAGAACGCUGCAGAGAAUAUCACAUUCCAUGUCCAUAUCAGAAUGCAAGCAGCGGUGGGGCAGAGAAAGAGAUGGAAACACAGAAUCCAAAGCAGGCUCCAGGCUCAGAGCUAUCACAAAGCCCGACUUGGGUCUUAAACUCACAAACGGUUACUCAAAUGAGUCGUCCAGACCUGAUUCUCUUUCUGAUGAAAUACCUGAUGGCUCUCAUAGUUGGUAUUCCCUCCAUUUUUUGGGUUGGAAGCAAAAAGACAUGCUUUGAAUGGGCCAGUUUUUUUCAUGGUCGUAGGAAAAAAGAGAUAGUGAAUGAGAGCCGACAGGUACUACAGGAACCUGAUUUUGCUCAGUCUCUCCUGAGGGAUCCAAAUACUCCUAUUAUAAGAAAAUCAAGGGGAACUUCCACUCAAGGAACAUCCACACAUGCUUCUUCAACCCAGCUUGCUAUGGUGGAUGAUCAGAGAAGCAAAGCAGGGAGUGUCCACAGCAAAGUAAGCAGCUACCACGGCAGUCUCCACAGAUCCCGUGAUGGCAGGUAUACGCCCUGCAGUUACAGAGGAAUGGAAGAGAGGCUCCCUCAUGGCAGCACAUCACGACUGACUGAUCACUCCAGACACAGUAGUUCUCAUCGGCUCAAUGAACAGUCACGGCAUAGCAGCAUCAGAGAUCUCAGUAGUAAUCCUAUGACUCACAUCACACAUGGUACCAGCAUGAAUCGGGUUAUUGAAGAAGAUGGAACCAGUGCUUAAAUUGUCCUAAGAUGGAGAACUUGUGCUGUUUAAAAAGCAGAUUUUAUUCUUUGCCUUUGCAUGACUGAUUGCUGUAACUCAACCGUUACCAUGCUUUCAGUCAGGUGCAGAUUGUGUCCAUUGGGAAAGUAAAUUUUUGCUUUUUAUAUUGCAUCAACCUUAGAACAUCAAGGCAUCAAAAAUGCUAAUAAUUAUGUCAUCACAUAAAUAAUUCUUAUUUCUAGGUUAUGAAGAGAUUAUUUGUCUGGUAAGCAUUUUUAUAAGCCUACUUAUUUUAUAUUUAGAAAAAUCCUAAAUGUGUGGUGACUGCUUUGUAGCAAACUUUCAUAUGAUAUCAACUAGUUGUGAGAUAACAUUCUGGUAGUUGUAUUAAUAAAACAAAAUUUCAGAAUUAAAGAAAUUUUCUAUGCAAGGUUUAUUUCUCAGAUGAAUAGUUGGACUUUGUAGUUUUCUUUCCACUAAGUGAAAAAGAACUGUGUUUUUAAACUGUAGGAGAAUUUGAUAAAUCAGCAAGGGUAUUUUAGCUAAUAAGAUAUAAGAUCAACAGAAGAAACUGAAUAGUCUAUUGAAGGCUCUUUUAAAAUUCUAUCAAAAUAAUCUUCAUCCAGAGACACACAGGAUUAGGAUUAGCAAUGGAAUAAAAACGGAGAUGGAUCUUUUUUCCCCUGUGAUUGUGCUGUCUUUAUUACUUUUGUAAAUAUUACUUUUACUGGCUGUGUUUUUAUAACUUAACCAUAUGCAUGGUGGAAAAAGUUUAAUUUGUAGCCACCUUUUUCCAUGUAGUAGUAUUGAUUCAUAGAGAACUUCAUGUUCAGAUCUGUUCCAUGGAGGCAUGUAAUAAGAUAAGCAUCACACAUUAUAAGCUUUUUUUUGUGGGAACCACAAUUACAAAAUGGCAAAAUGUUUUCUCUACAUUCAUUGUUGUAUUUUUCUACAGUGAGAUGUGAUCUUGCCAAAGCCACCAGGCCCCUCCUAACAGUGAGUUGAUUGUCUGCAUUUGCAUUGCCCAGGAGCCACUAGACUACAGCUUUCUGCCCCCACAUUCUUAUUUUCAGAUUCUGGAUCAUUCUUUCUUUACAGUUGAAAUAUAUAUAACUUAAGUCCAAAGUGGUGAUUAAUUUGAGGUAUUUGGAAACCAUUGUAACUAAAUGAAGCAUGAUUAGGCUUGCUGUGAAGUAUCUUUUAGUCUUACCAAUAUCAAUUCAAAAAUGUUUGACAUUCUGUUGUGUAAUGUUUAAAUAAUUUACAAUAAAACCGUGAACUUUAUUAGGCAUGAAAUUGAUCAGAAGGGAAAGAAAAAUUCUGGAAAAUGGUGGAUGUGUUUUAUAGUAAAGUGUAUUUAAACAAGUGGUCCUCAGCCCUAACUAGACAAGAAUCACUUGGGGAACCUCUGAUGCCCAACACCUUCCUCUCUUUCAGAGGAGAAUUUGUAGGUUUUUUUUUUUUUUUAAGUUUUCUAUGUUUUAUUCUAAUCUGCAGCCAGACUUCAGGUUGUUUUGAACUAAAUUGCCCCCUGAUAGUGAUCUGAUGGCAUCAUAAUGAUAUCACAUGAAUAUCUAGGCGGACUCAAUAUUGUGCUUUUAUAUAUCAUUACCUGAUACGCAAUUGUUCUCCACUUUAUUUUCCAUUAUAAAAUGUGGAAUCUGGGACCCCACUCCUAAAGUUUCUUAUUCAGUAAGUCAAAGGUGGUAGGACUUUAAAACCUGAGUUCUAAAAAUAUCACAUGUAAUUCUUAAUGCAGGUAAUGCAAGAAUCAUACUUUGAAAAAUGUUUCUAGACUCUAGAGAGGCUUGGCUUUGCCAUAUGCCAGUUUUUACCUUUAACAAGUAAACUGCUCUGAGCCUCAGUUCCCUUGUUUAUAAAUGAAGAUAGAGGAGAAGUACCUACCUCACAAAGUUGUCGAAUAGGGAUCAAAUGAAAAACCAUACAAAAGCUCUUUGAAAACUGUAAAGCAUUAUGAAAUAUAAAGGAUUAAGAUUAAGGAUUUAAGAGAUUUGAGGGCUACUAUUGUACAUUCCUUGACAUGUGUUUAAUUUAUGUGUACUUUUUUCUCUCUCCUUUAAAACAAAAAUACCAAGAAAUUAGGUGUUGAAAAAAAGGCUUCAUCAUGCAAAAAAAGUCCGUUUUCUGAUAAUAAUUUGUAUAUCAUAUUUCUUUCAAAGUACAUAUAUCUUAUUGUUUAUUAUUGACUCUUUAUAGGACAUAUUUGAACAUUUAGCCCCAAAGUGUUUUUCUUUUUCCUCUGUCUUUAUUGUCUUUCUCCUUGGAGCUGGAGUUCAUACUCAAGAUACGCAGAAUUUGAAAUUCCCUCAUAACUGACAAUUAGUAAACCAUUUCUCUGAAGGCCAGACUUAGAACAACUCGUUUAUACAAUAAAUCAAUAAUUCAUAAGGCUUUUUUCUGAGAACCUCUCCUGAGAACAGCAUGAGAAGACCAAAACAAACAUUCAGAAACAAAAAUAAGAAGUUAAAAUAGAAGGUACCAGUUUGAGCUCAAAGAUGUUGUCAUCCAUCGCCAUCUGCAUAUUAUCAAUUGCCAAAAUGUUAAUUGAUUUUCUUGUGCAAGUAGGCCAAGUGUAGACAGUUAAGUGCACAUCCCUAUGAAAAUCUUAAUUUUUGUGCUUCCUGAUUUUUAUAUAUUCAUUUCUCUUGUUUGUUAAACUCCCUGUUGGCAUAUAUAUAAAUCUUAUAUAUAAAUAUAUUGAUCUUUCAUUUACUUUCAGUAUCUUAAUUUUGCUCCAUGAAAUUUACUUAAUAUCAUUCGUCCAUUGUUUUAAAUAACAGUAUUUAGUUUGGGUCAGGUUAUUUAUCAAACUGGUGCUUUAAAUUAAGAAAUAUUUUUAAGAAACUGUUAAAGAACUAUAGCAAACCAGCAAUUUCAAAGUCUCAGUUCCCUUAAACCAACUUGAACAAGUCGAGACAGCUUUCUUACCAUAUGUUUAACUUUAAUUUGUGUUUUGAUUGGCAUGUGAUAAUGUUUAGUAUUUUAUUUGUUCAGCUGACAACUGCGAAAAUAAUAGUUUCUCCAAGAUGUUAAUAUAUAAUCAAGAGCUUUCAAAAAGUACUUUGAUUUUAGCAAUACUGUGUUUAAUUUAUUCAAUAAUUAAAGCAAAAGAUCAUACUAAGCUCAAAACAAUAAUUGGUUUGAAAGAACAAUUGAUUAAUAACAACUAGCACAGGGCUAAGUACAGAGUAGGUUUUUCAAUAAAUAUUUACGAAUGAACAACUCAUGUUAUGCAACUCACAUUUACCCUUAGUAGUGAGAAUCUCACCUCAAAGGAAUUUGAAGUAUCUAAAUUUAAACCGAAUGAAAUGAAGUAUCUGCUUUACCAGAAUAACAUGUGGCAAGUAAUAAAUACAUAACUUACACAAGAAAUAUUUACAUAAGCUUGUACCAAAACUUGAUAUUAAUUUUAAAAGGUGAACACCAAUUCUUAGAAGUAUUUAAGCUCUUGUUGCUUUAUGUGAAAUUAAAUCUUUGUAUACUACUUGGGUAAACAAAUAUUCAAGUAAACCUUUAUUAGUAGUGAUUUUCUUUUUCUGCUGCUUUUUAGAGCAAAUGUAUGAAAAUUCUAAAAAUCUUUUUAAAUUAGAAAAAUUUCCUACAUUUUAGCCUACCUCAUUAGUUUCUUUGUGAUAAGAGCUGGAUAUAACAAAUGAUACCUAUCUUAGUUGAGGCUAUAUCCCUGUGAUAUAAAAGGAACUACUUAAAAUGUUUUUAGAAAAUGGUGGCCAGAGCUUAGAAACCAGUAACAGACCAAAAUUUCAUUAUGAUGAUAUUUGUACUGCUUUUGACAUGCCAAAGGUAUAUUCCUGUAUUAUCACUUGGAUGAUUUUCAUCAUCUAGUGCAGUGAAAAUCCCUUUAGGCUUGGAAUUCAGAGACCCAUAAUUAUGAUGUGAACAGGACAGGUCAUUUAGUCUCAAUUUCUUCAGUGUAAAACGAGGAUAAGUUAAUUGUUGAGCCCCAAACCUACCUCACUGGACUUUGGUUGUAAGGAACAAAUGAGAUAACAUGUAUUAUCAUGCUCUCUAACCUAUAAAUUGCUCUGAUAUUAUUUGUUUUUGUUAGAAUUUGGGGGUUGUAGAAAACAAGGAUAUGGGCUUCAGUAGUAUUUAGCAACAACAACAAAAUAGGCAAUUAGACCAGUACAAUCUUGAUACAAUUUGGUACAAUCUUUAAAUCAACAAUCCAAUUAACUUUUUGCAAAUGAGGUUCUUUUUCAAGAGUAGGUAUGUCCUGAAACUGUGCUAGCUCUUGAGUAUAUAUAUAGCCAGUGUGUGCUCUCAAAUUGUAUACAAUUAAAUUUGCAGGUCAAUCUCAAUGGCAAGUUUGAGAUCUCCAUUAUAUUAUUCUUUUGAUGGAAUUAUGUAAGUACAUGAGCUUGACUUCACUGAAACUUGUAAGAAAAAUACAAAGAAGAGUGUAGGCCCUUUAACUUUUCUUUGAGGACUUUCAUGUGCCUAUUUCUUUCUGAUUAAGAACAAGUUUUAAAAAGGUAAUAGCUGUAACUUGCUGAUAUUCAUCAUGGCAAAACUUGAAAUUUUAAGUUAUUUAAAAUUAUCUUAAUUGUAUGUUUGUAUAUAUAAUUUUUUUAAACCUACAUAAAGUAAGGAUUUCUCCAUUCUUUUCUGCACAUCAACACACAAAAGAGCAUUUUUAUGGAACCUAGAUUUACAAAGGAACUCAUGCUUCUUUUAAUUUCUUUUAUACCUUUUUACAACUGACUAAAAUAAGAAAAAGUGUUUAUAUUCAUUUAUUUCCUAGUAGCCACAUUUAUACAUUAUUCUUGUAUCAUUUCUAUUUUAUAUGAAAAGAAUUAUGUUGACAUCUCUUCAUAAUUUAACUAAUUCUCUUUUUGUUCCAGUUGUAUGGGUUUAGGGAAAGGAAUAGGGAGACUAAGCAUCCCGUACCCUUCAUCUGACUGUAAACAGUCUCCUGGGAUUUUUUUCUAAUUUAAUUUUAAUCCUAUACUUCUUUAAUAGUCAAACUGAAAUAGGAUUGUAAUUUUCUCCCAGGAUCCAAAAUCUUCUAGGAUAGAAAAUACUAAGGUCUACCUAAAACCAGCCAUUUCUUAGACAUUUCUAUUGGAUUCACAAAGAUGUAAUAUACUAAGUUAAUAAGCAUAUUUCCUAUUCUGUGAUCUCUAAUUAGAAAGUAAAAUUUUGUUGCCAUAAAGAUAAAAGUAAGUAAAGUUUCACUUAUAUUUUAGUCAAAUCCCACAGCAGUACAACAUUACAUCCUAUAAAAGAAAGUAGUUCCAUCUAUAUAAAUGCAUUAAAGAAUAGUUCCCUUCAGAUUAUUAUUUUUUUAAUAAUUAUUUAUCUCAGGAAAUCUAUUAUGUCCUUUCUUGGACAUUUUCAUUGGUAUGCUAGCAUUGCUGUUAAUUUAUUUUCAUUUUAUUGGCUACUGUUACCAGUUUUUCCUGAUAAAUAAGUUUUUUACCUUGUAAUAAUUCAGAUUUUGAAGAUUCAGUGUUCCAUUAUUUUGAUGAUUACCAUUUACUAGUAAUAUUAGUAUUUAUAAGACAGUGAUAUUUUUAAACUUAUUAUUUUAUAUUUCCUAAAGUAGGGUGAACUACUUUAUUGUUGUUGUAGCCCUGGUGUUUUUGUUAUAUGUCACCUUGUUUAUAUUGCUAACUUGCAAAUAUUUCUUUAAUUGUCUUGUGCUUAUUGAUUUAAAAAGCUUUAGAGCUUCAUAAUUUUCUCUUUUCAGAAUUGGCAGAUUUCUUUCCCUAAUGCUUAGUAAAAAUACAUUAUGUUAUUUUUUAAAUACCACAGAAUUUUGAGUCAGGAGACCUGGUUUCUAGUAUUGCCUCUGUUUUCAUUGAGCUUUGUAACUAGAAUUUUACCUCUUGGGACCUCAGGUUUUAUCAUCUGUGAAUAGAUGUGAAGAAACAGGGGACUAGUUUAGGUAGUGUCUCAAAUUCCACCUGCCUGUAAUUUGGGUGUCGCUUGACCAUUUUGUGAUCAUUAUUCUGGCUUACUUUUAUUCUUGUUAUUCUUCCCAUGAACUAUAUUUACUAGUUCUGCCAGUACUGUUAAUGAAAUCUAUGCUUAAAUUGCUAGGAUUCAGUUAUGUUAUUAACUUUGUUUUCCACUUAUAAUUUUGAGUAAUUUUAAGGAGGAAAUUACAUUACAGAUAAUAAAAAUAAAAGAAAGGUUACAAAUAAUUGACACGACCUCUUUUUUUCUUCUAUAGGAAAAGUCUCCUAAAGCACUAACAUAAGCACCUUAAAACUGAUAUAUAGGAGAAAAAUGACAAAAUUCUGUGGUCUUUGUUCUCUUAAAUAUGAAUAUAGCUAUUUAGCCUUAACUUUAAAUAAAAUGUAUUCAUGAUAAAAUUAGCAAAGCGGUGAUAGCACUGGCCCAUAUAGCUAAUUAAAAAGCUCUUGGCUUUUACCAACAUUAAUAUAAUUAUCAAAUGUAAAAGGAAUUUCGAGAAGUGGAUUGAAAUUUUUCUGUUUAACAAUUAUUCUUAAAAUGUUCUUAGAUUCAUUGAAUAAGUGUAAUUGCCAGAUUGCCAUGAGCAUUGUCCUACUUUAAAAUGUUA